GGGUUGCAUCAGUUAUCUGCCUAUCUACGUUAUCUUGGUUUGCCAUACCUCGCCCACUACCACCAGGUAGCUCGGUGCUAGUUAUAUCGGCAUUUUUGGAUCAUGCCGCCUAUUAACCAUGCUGCCAUCUCAGUUGGUGUCGUCGCCAUCUCGGUUGCUGUCGCAGCCGCCGUGGCCAUCUACGAAUCCCCCGAGCUGCAACGCAUGGCCAACGACCUGCGACGUCGAAUUGCCAUCGCUCUCCACUCGCUUGGCGACAAUAUCAGCCCCGCAGAACGAGAGAACCUGUUCAAUAGGCCCGAAGACGCCGAAGGAUUUUUACGGUCUCGCGGCUUUGGGCCCGACGGCGAACCUGGCGUCGAUGCCGAUGACGAAACCCGCCGACGGCAGCGAGAAGAGUUGAUGUACUGGAAUGCGGUCCUCGAGAAGAAGAGAGGAACGCAACGCGGGAGCUCGGUGGAGCUAGAUACCUUGCGUCCGCAAGGCACAAGUUUCGAUGAUUUCAUGCGGCAAGAUGCCGACGCUGAGAAGGGUACCUACGUUGUUCACACUGGAUCGGAACACCACAACACCGAGGGUCUCGUCCGACGUCGUGGUGACGGAGCUCGGGGCUUGACGCAGUCUAUCUACACAGAUCCCUUUGCGGACGAGCACGGUAUCGAUGACGAUAUCGCUUUUGAGAAUGGCUUGAUGGACCCGGAAAAGGACGAGUUAGCGUCGGAUAUUUACAGCACUAGUACUGUACCGGGCAACGAGAACCAAACGCCCGAGACCGCUACCCUGGCCCCAUCCCCCGUCCCUGCCGCCUCUCUGCUUGUCGAUCUUGCCGGCCAGGCGGAAACCGCGCAACCCUCGGAACGGGAGCUGGGUCCGGACGAAUACAUGACCGCUGGGCAAGACGACCGCCACGAUGCUUACAGCUCGAUCCAGGCCUGGGCCCACGAGGCUUCCACUGCUGCCAGCUUCUACUCUCCCCUGCCAGAGUCGCCUGCGUCGCCCUUGUCAGAGGCCGAACUCGUCAGCGAUGGUGUGCUGACGCCAACCGACUCUGCUUCACUAGCAGGUUCUGGCGAGGACAUCGCCGACGAAGCUGCGUCUGCCAGAUCUUGGAACCGUGGUCGGUCAUUCGAUGUGAUGAGCGACGACGAGGGCAUGGCGACCCCAGCGAGUUGGACCGAGGUCGGAAGUGUAGUAAGCGACAACGAGGACGGAGCAGUGCACGCAUAGAAGGCUUAUUAACCCCCCUCCCCCUCCCUUUUUACAAUUCUCAUUAUCGAUGAUACCGCGAAUUUGCAACGGCACGGCGUCUUGGAAGGGACUUAAAGUUAUGGGCAUCUCCAACAAAUUAACCGGCUAGAGAUGGGAGGGAUGGGCAGGUACUGUUUAAUAGU